AGGUACUGAAAAAGCCAAACAAACGUAAUCGUUACAAACGUAAUUUAAUUGGCUAAAUGCUUCUCAGUCACAAUGAUAGCUUAUAAUGCUACAACAACUGAACGAUACUGUCCAGGUCGAGUGCUUUGCAGAUACAGAGGGACUGACUGUACAGAAGGACUGCAUGGCCAGUAGGCAUACUCGUCAGAGAAGCUUGAAGCUGGCCUCAUCUUGUUUCAGAGCGUCCAUACAUACCGGAGAUAAUGACAUUCCUAUGUUGGAUACACAAUACUUUCGGCGUGUAUGCAACGGCGGAACGGACAACAAUGAUAAUUCCUCGGGUGAAUUGCUAAGAAAACAAUGGACAUUCUGUCGAUUUUUCUCCGAGUUAGCACGUUUCUUGGACCAAAAUGACUAUGAAUUUUGAUCGGUGGCCUCUUGCCGCGGUAAUAAUAUCGGCUUCACCGUAAUUCGUGUCUGUGGAUUUCCAAAACGCAUGGAAGCGCUGCCUCCAGCAUUCAGUCUCCACCUACCUUCUAAGCCCCUCCCACCUGGGGUCCGCCAACCCCUCAUGGGAAGGGAGGGGGGGACCUCAGUGCCGGGACCAAUCAGGCGGCAGCACGACCGCUCCAUCACGUUUUGGUUUCCACGGCAACAGGGCUCCUCUCCUGCAAGGCGCAGCAGCAUCAUCAGCAGCAGCCAUCCAUCCCCUGGACUGAUGCAGGCGAGAGCCGCCCUGCAGUGUCACAGCAGGCACCUCCCUCUUCCUCGAACCCUCCACAGAAACGCAGAGGCACGGCCAGGAAGGAGAAUGGCGUAGAGCAGGGACAUGCUGAAGGAGAAGACCCCGUUCCCAGCAUCUAGCCAUUUUUCACCAUGAGCAUCGUCGUUUCCCCGAUGGCCAGCGAGGCCGCCUCGCCCAUGAUAACCUCCGUCACCCCCACCCUCGACCCCUGCGCCAAGGACGAGGGGUCGGGGGAGGGCACCGGCAGUGACGGGCCGGUCAGGGAGCAGGACCCCGCCCGACGCCACCAGAAGCCCCCGCCUCUUCACACCGGCGCCGACUGGAAGGUGGUGCUGCACCUCCCUGAAAUUGAGACCUGGCUGCGCGCCACCACGGCUAGGGUUCGCGACCUCACCCACUCCGUCCAACAGGACACCCUCAACAAGCACGUGGACGUGCAUCUGGUGCAGCUCAAGGACAUCUGUGAGGACAUCUCGGACCACGUGGAGCAGAUCCACGCCCUGCUGGAGACGGAGUUCUCCCUGAAGCUGCUCUCCUACUCGGUGAACAUCAUCGUGGACAUCCGCACGGUGCAGCUGCUCUGGCACCAGCUGCGCGUGUCUGUGCUGGUGCUGCGGGAGCGUCUGCUGCAGGGGCUGCAGGACUCCAACGGCAACUACACCCGACAGACACACAUCCUGCAGGCCUUCUCCCAGGACCACGACCAGGCCCGGCUGGACGCUCUGACAGAGGUCGACGACUCGGGUCAGCUGACCAUCAAGUGCAGCCAGGACUACUUCUCCCUGGACUGCGGCAUCACCGCGUUUGAGCUGAGCGACUACAGCCCCGGCGACGAUCCGGAGGGCCAGGUCAGGGGUCAGGAGACGCGCAGCUGCUACCCCGAGCUGGAGCAGGACUUCCCCGAGCUCAUCCAGAGCGUAGGGCUGCUGACGGUGGCCGCCGAGCGCCUGUCCUCCCAGCACAGCCAGGGGUCCCCCGACGGGGAGAGCCCCACCGUCGAAGAGACCCCCGAGGACCCCCCAGACUCGCCCGACAGCUCGCCCGCCUCGCCCGCCGCCGCGCACCGCGAGGCCCCGCAGGGCGAGAGCGCCCUCUCCAAGCGGCCCCUCCGCGACCUCGCCGACCGCGCCGACCGCGCCGACGCGUCCCCCACCCAGCCGUCCCUGCCCAAAAAGGCCAUGUACCCGGAGGGCGCGUCCCGGGACGACAGCGAAUCCGUCCUCAAGAGGGUCCCGCCCCUCUCCUCGCUCCGGUUCCAGGCCGACAUCAGCCGGAGCACCCCGUCCCUGCUGGACCCCCCCGACCGCUCCAAGUUCUGGCUGGAGCUGACCUCGGUCUACCCCAGCGCCGUCAGCCAAUCGUACGACAGCCUCAGCGGCCCCCAGGGCAGGGGCGGGCCGGCGAGCGGCGACCCCGCCCCCCUGAAGAGAAGCUCCUCGGAGGCGGGCCAGGGCGCCAACCCCGCCCCAGGACCCCCGACGGGCGGGCGGAGGGGUGGGGAGGGUGCGAGCCCCCCGCCCACAGCCACGCAGCCCCCCGCCCAGUCCCCCGCCCAGUCCCCCGUCCCUCUGGCGGGGGACCCAGGCUCAGCCCCCGAGCUGUCAGACACCCCCGACCCCCACCAGACCGCGGGCGCCCCGAUCCUGGAGGAGGAGGGGUCCAGGCUGUCCCCGAGCGGGAGCAGCAGGAUGAGCUCCAAGGAGGAGCGCUGGUACGGUUCGGAUGAGUACCUGGCGCUCCCGUCCCAGCUGAGGAAGACGGAGAUGCUGGCCCUGAGGCUGGAGACCAUGGCCCAGGCCCUCCCCCACCGGCCCUCCGAGGAGCCCAUCCAGGACGUGGACGACUGGGAGCUCUCCGAGGUCCACUCGGACUGGGACGGCGACCCGGCCUUCCGGCGCGGCCCCGCCUGCGACAGGCCCUUUGGCCCCGGCCGCUUCUCGCCCACCUCCUCCAGCGACAUUGCCCCCUCCCUGGACGAGAGCAUCGAGUCCGGGCCCCUCAGCGACCUGCUGUCGGAGGACGAGGCCUACUGGAACGCCGGCGAGCCCGCCAAGGCCGGGGGCAGGCCGGCCUGGCUGUCCACGUCCCCCGAGACGGACGGUUCGUCCGGCCUGCACAAGCCCCUCAUACAGCAGCUGCUGGAGGACAUCCAACACCAGGAGAACGACCAGGACAUCUGGGGCAAGAUCGAGGGGUUCGUCGGCAAGCUGGACGAGUUCAUCCGCUGGCUGAGGGAGGCUCUGGAGAGCACGGAGAACUGGACCCCCCCGAAAGCGGAGACGGACAGCCUCCGGCUCUACCUGGAGACGCACCUGAGCUUCAAGCUGAACGUGGACAGCCACGGCGCCCUGAAAGACAGCGUGCUGGACGAGGGCGGCCGGCUCCUGGAAGUCAUCGUCUCCCACAAAUCAGGUCUCAGGGACACGCUGCAGAUGAUCGCGCAGCAGUGGCGGGAGCUGCAGAGGCAGAUCCGCAGACAGCACUGCUGGAUCCUGCGCGCCCUGGACGCCAUCAAAGCCCAGAUCCUGGCCCGCCCGGCGUCUGGGGAGGAGCUCCGCGGAGCCGCCAGCCCCAAGGGGGAGGUCCAGUGGUGCCAUCGCGAGGCUCAGAAUGACGCUCUGGACCAGAUGGCCCUGAGGCUCAGCAGCCAGCAGUACUGCAGUGACUCCAAGAGGAAGAAGGAGUUUGCCCAAAUGUCGAAGGUCAACCGGAUCGGGAGCAACAGUCUGCAGGACUUUGAGUCAGAGUACCAGGAGCUCUGGGAUUGGCUGAUGGACAUGGAGUCCAUCGUGACGGACAGCCACGAGCUGAUGAUGUCAGAGGAGCAGCAGCAGCAUCUGUACAAGGGAAACAGCGUGGAGAUGGCCAUGUGGCUCCCCAGGAAGACCCAGCUGCUGGGCCGGGCGGAGUCCCUCCUGAGGAGCGGAGCCCAGCUCCCCGCCGACUUCCAGGAGCGCGUCGGCGCCCUCGCGCGCAAGUGGGACCUCCUGCAGAGUAUCCUGGGGGAGCACGCUGAGGCCCCCGGGCCCGGCAGCCCCACCCACGACCCCCGCGCCCUGCUCUCCCCGGAGACCAACAGCAUGCUGGGACAGCUGCAGGUGCGCAUCAAGGAGCUGAAGGCCUGGCUUCGGGACACGGAGCUCUUCAUCUUCAAUUCGUGCCUGAGGCAGGACCGGGAGCAGGACCAGCAGGCCGGCAAGCAGCUGCAGUACUUUAAGUCCCUGUGCUCGGAGGUGAAGGGGCGGCGCAGGGGCGUGGCCUCCGUCCUCAGGCUGUGUCAGAAGCUGCUGGAGAGCCCGGACUCGUGUGAGCCUGAGGCCGAGCGCCAGGCCCUUCAGCUGCUGACCGUCAACCUGGAGCGCCGCUGGGAGGCCAUCGUGAUGCAGGCGCUGCAGUGGCAGACCCGCCUGCAGAGGGCGCUAGGCACCGAGCAGGUGCCGGGGAACAUCAUCGAACCGUCGUUCAUGGACCUCCACGGCCCCCCCGAAGAUUCCUGGGAGUGGGAUGACACCGACAUCAGUAACGACCUGAUCGGCGUCGGGCUGGAGUCGGGCGACCUUGAGGAGAAGCAGAGCCGUACAUGCAAAUCGGCCGAGGGCCCCGCGGGGGGGCCUCCGGACGCCCCGGAGCCGAGCGCGACCGUCCCGCCGCGGUACGGGACGUCCUCGGCCCAGAGCCCCGGGCCGACGCCCCCCCUGCCCCGCCGCCCCAACGCCUACCAGGUGUACAGCCUUCGAGAGGUGGAGCUGUACGACAGGCCCCAGUUCCCCCUGCGCAAGAAGAGCCCCUCGAGCUCAAAGCCCGGCUGCAAGCAGCCCCUGAUGAAGAGCCUGAGCAAGGACUCCUCCUUCUGCUCGGCCGAGUCCCUGACGGACCUCCUCGGGGGCUCCCCGUGCGGGAGGGAGGGGCGGGGACGGGGCUCCGGGGACUCGGCCAGGCGCUCGGAGAGCGAGAGCGGGAUCCUGAGCGAGGGGGACGCGGAGACGCCCGGCAACUCCGAGACCUGCGCCCCCCGACAGGCCGGGGACGGGUCGGCGGGGAGCGCCGCGUCCACGCCGCCCCCCGACGGAGGCGAGUCGCCGGCCGUGGGCCGCGUGCGCGACGAAGACAUCGACAGGGUCCUGGAGCGGGCGGAGAAGCUGGCCCUGUACGGGACCUGCGACGGCAGGCCCGCGCUGGACGGCAAGCGGAGGGCCAAGGCGGGCAAGAAGAAGAGGGACGAGUCGUCCGAGAGGAAGAGGAGGCCCCGGAGAGACCCGUCGGAGAUCCUCAUCAGAGGCCGCUAUUCCCUGCUGGAGUCGGAAGGGGAGGAGCUUGACCCCGGCGCCUUCCGGGCGGUCACGGACGACGAGAGGGAGGCAGCGGACAGGAAAGGCGGGAAAGGGCCCGCCUCCGCCUCGCAGGGCUCCUCCCUGGACUCCCUCUUCCUGGCGGGAGACCUGUUCCCGUCCGGCAAGGAGACGCUGCACCGCAGCACCUCCCUGGAGAGCUGGCUGGCCCCGUGCAAGAGCGGGGAGGAGACGGGCAGCCAGCACAGCCUGGGGGACCUGGGCCUGGCCGCCGAGUCCACGGGGGAGCUGAGCAGGAGGACCCUGGAGCUGCUCAAGCGCCUGGAGAACAUCCAGAGCCCCUUCGCCGGGAAGAUGACGCGCAGCGUCUCUGACAUCACCCUCCGCAGCAGCUCCCUGCGGCUGUCGGGGCCGGGGCCCCUGUCCCUGGGGGCCCCCUCCUCCAUCAACGAGAGCUCGGCCCCCUCCCUGACGGAGCUGAGCAGCAGUGAGGACUCCUCGGUGGGCUCGGAGGACAUGGCCGUGCAGAGGAACCGCCUGGCCGACUCCAACGCCUCCUUCCGCAAGCACUGCCGCGGCCACCCGGCAGCGCCGCCGCCGCCGCCGGACGAGGCCGACGCCAGCGUCAGCAUGGUGGUCAACGUCUCCUGCACCUCGGCCUGCACCGACGACGAGGACGACAGCGACCUGCUGUCCAGCUCCACCCUCACCCUCACCGAGGAGGAGCUGGGCAUCAAGGAGGACGGCGACUCCAGCCUGGCCUCCGACGAGGAGUACAUGGAGGGCGGCUUCGCCCUGGGCCUGGAGUACAUGAAGAACGAGCUCCAGAACUGGAUCAAGCCCCGCUCCGCCCCCCGGGACAAGGGCGAGCUGGGCCUGGGGGACGAGCUCCAGUGCGGCGCCGCGUCCCGCGAGAGCACCGCGGCGACCGCCGCCAACGAGAAGCGCUUCCUCAGCAGGUCGGCGCUGAAGCUCCUGGAGUCCAACGCCAACGGGAAGAGCGGCCCCCUCCAGCAGCAGCAGCAGGUGACGGAGGCGGCCAGGAGCUCCAUGAGCCAGUUCGUGGACGACCUGGAGAACGGGAACGUGGAGAACUCCGCCAAGGGGAAGGACGAGGACGACGAGCUCCUGAGGGAGGAGGGCGGCCUGUUCACCAAGAGCGGCGAGUCCUUCAAGGACUGCUAUUCGCCGGACUCGUCCGCCGGGGGUUCCGGGGCGUCGGUCAGAACCGUCAAGCCCUGCGACCCGCAGCCCAAAGGGUCGGCCCUGGAGGGCCAGCUGAGCGGGGAGAUCCCCUGCCACAGCUCCCGGCGCCAGUCGCCCCUCGCCUCGCCCGCCAGCGGGUGCGCGGCCUCGCCCGAGAGCGCCCCGGCAACGGCACGCGGGACCCACAGCCAGGACCGCCUGGACUCCUUCCUCAAAGACCCCCAGGACCAGGAGAAGCCCACGCCCAUCCGGGCCCCGCCCUGCUGCGCCCGGCAGCCUCAGCAGCUCCCCCCAGAGGAGGAGGAAGAGGAGGAGGAGGAGGAGGAGGACGGCGAGGACGUGCACAACUUUGUGAUGGAGAUCAUCGACAUGGCCUCGGUGGCCCUGAAGAACAAGGACCAGGAGCCUCCCGGCUCGGCCCCCCUGUCCCAGAUCCGAGACAAGGUCCUGGAGCACUCGCACCGGCCCAUACACCUGCGCAAGGGCGACUUCUACUCCUACCUGUCCCUGUCCUCCCACGACAGCGACUGCGGCGAGGUCAGCACCUGCUCCGAGGACAAGAGCAGCACCCCCUUGCCCUACGACGUCAGCGACACCCCGGACUUCCACGACGAGGAGCUCCUCUUCCAGGCCUGCACCGAGGAGGUGUACCUGGGGCCCCCUCUCUGCUACACCAUGAGCAUGCCCAAGAAGCAGAGCCUCAAAUCCAGGGCCUGCCUCUCCCCCGAAACUAUAAUGGAUGGAGCACCUCUACCGGCCUGCACUGAAUACCAAAAAGCACCUGGUAUUUCUCCAGGAAGUACAGCUGGGAGCCAGCUAGAGUGCCAUAAUGAGGCUGCUUAUCUUAAUCCUUUACCAUGUGAAACCCUGAUAGACACUGUUGAAUGUUUUGCAGAUACUAAAAUGCUUGAAUCCAAUAUUUCCCCUGUAAUGACUAAGAUAAGAGUCUCUUGCUCCAGUACAAAUCCUUUAAAAGAGGAAGGCAGCCUUUAUAUUAAUCCUAAAAUUAACUGUCCUCAGAUAAGAAAGAGUGAUAGGGAUGAAAAGGGCCCUGCUUCACAGCGGAUGAAACAGAAGAAUGUCAGAAAAGGAUGUAGUUCUCUCCAGGAAGCUAAGUCGACUCACAAACAGUCUCCCAGGCCCGAGCAAGCUUUAGCGAGAGAGGGCCCGGGGCCCCAGCAGAGGGGCCCGGUCUCCGGCGGCCCCGCCGCCUGUGCUUCCCGGAGCCGCUACGCCGUGCGGGACAGCGGACCCGCCAGGCCCCCGCCCAAGAAAGUGUCCGGCGCCCUUGCCCCCAGCUCCAGGCCCAGGCCCUGAGCGGGUGGGGAGGUGGGGUUGCCCCUCGUGCCCCCCGUCCUCUUGUGUCGUGGCUCCAUCCCCUGGCGUGUGGCUCGCACCGGACCGGUCCUCUGGCUGUCCUUGCUCCUCCUCCUCGCUGCGCUGUCUUUGGCCCCAGCUCCGAUGAUGUCAUCAGUACGGCCCGCCCCCCCCCCCCCCCGCCACCGUCCUCUUCCUAUCGCGGACCCCGGGACUGAGCUACCUCAACGGUCGGCCGCCAUUCUCGCCCCUCGACCCCGACCGCCGCCGCGCGUCUCUCGCUAUCGGCCUCCUUCUCUCUUUCGCCUUCACGUUCUCCGUCUCUCUUUGUCCCUUCCCCUCCUUCCUUUCUCUCCCUUUCUCUUCCACCCCCCGCAUGGCGAAUCUCUCCCAUCCCACCAUCUCACCAGUACAACAAGCUGCAAAUAUGUGAAGUCCCGGGUUCUUCUUCGCCUGAGUUCUUCUGCGCCGAGUCGAAAGCAGGUAGGUUUUCAGGAGGACCUGCGGUAGGCAGGGUCCCCGUGCCGUCUCUCCUCAGAGACGUUCUCCCAGGAAAUCGGCGGGCGCUCCGGGCUUCCCGAGGGCUUGUGUUUCCACGCUAGUCGAGCGUCGCGAAGGUAGCGGAACUGGAAUUCGGACCUGUUGUUUUUUCGUCCAAAAAAAAACGAGGCAAAUCAAGUAGUUGUCUAUCUAUGCAACACGGCCCGGGUUGGAAACAGCUGCAUUGUGUUGUGUAAGAUGAGAUCGCUGGCUGCUGACGUAACUCAAUACACCGUUUCUUUUUUUUACGUUUCCUAAGAUAAGGGAAAAAAAGUGAGGAAAUGUUUUAAACCUAUAAAGAAUGUGUGCCUUGCUGUUUUUUCUUAUACCUUUUGUUAAUACACUGCUUUUCCCAGUUAAAUGUUCAAAAAACUAAGAAAGAAGAAAAAAAAAACUCCAAAAUAGCAAGGUUGAGAUGUGUGAAUAGCGUCUGUAUAUAUGUAUAAGUGCAAACAUUGGUGUAUAAUGAUGGUAUAAAUGCUUCAUGUUUGUGUAAUACUGUGUGUUCAGUGAUGUGGAACAUAAUAAGCCUUAAAAGUGCUAGACUGCAUGGUUAACACUAUAUAAAAUGUUGACAAAUAAACUUAAUUUAUUGAACACAA